AUUCAUUCCAAUGUGAAGGUGUUUGACUUAUACCACAAUGUAAAGUAUAGUACCACAUAUGCUAGACUUCACUUAGUUCAUUAGACUUUAACUGUCAGGCCCCCUUAUGUCUAAUUGUAACAAAAAUUAUCUCCUCUGAAUAAACCACAACUUACAUGUCUGUUUCAGAUUUCAGUAAUGUGAUAAGCAAGAGUGAUGUGAAGUCAUUAGCUGAAGCUGAUGAACAGGAAGUUGUGGCUGAGGUUCAGGAAUUUUAUGGUGAUUACAUUGCUGUGAAUCCACAUUUGUUUUCCCUCAAUAUUUUGGGUUGCUGUCAGGGUCGAAAUUGGGAUCCAGUCCAACUAUCCAGAACAACUCAAGGACUGACAGCUCUCCUUUUAUCUCUGAAGAAAUGUCCAAUGAUUCGUUAUCAGCUUUCAUCAGAAGCAGCAAAGAGACUUGCAGAAUGUGUUAAGCAAGUGAUAACUAAAGAAUAUGAACUGUUUGAAUUCCGGCGGACUGAGGUUCCUCCACUGCUACUUAUUUUAGAUCGCUGCGAUGAUGCCAUCACCCCAUUGCUAAACCAGUGGACAUACCAGGCCAUGGUCCAUGAACUACUGGGUAUAAACAACAAUCGGAUUGAUCUUUCCAGAGUGCCAGGAAUCAGUAAAGAUUUGAGAGAGGUGGUCCUAUCUGCUGAAAAUGAUGAGUUCUAUGCUAAUAAUAUGCACCUGAACUUUGCUGAGAUUGGUAGCAACAUAAAGAAUCUCAUGGAAGACUUUCAGAAGAAGAAACCAAAAGAACAGCAAAAACUAGAAUCAAUAGCAGACAUGAAGGCCUUUGUUGAGAAUUACCCACAGUUCAAGAAGAUGUCUGGGACUGUGUCGAAGCACGUGACAGUGGUUGGAGAACUGUCUCGGCUGGUCAGUGAGCGGAAUCUGCUGGAGGUUUCAGAGGUUGAGCAAGAACUGGCCUGUCAAAAUGACCAUUCUAGUGCUCUCCAGGUACCUAUUCAGUCCAAUUGAUGAGCACCUACUGUAGUAAGCCACUGUGGCAAGCAGAGCAGGCGGUACGAAGGCAAGUAAUCCUUCUUAACCAACAUGGAGUCUAC